AUGGGCCCUGGUGGGGCGGAGCCUUUAGUGGGGGAGACCGAGCGAGCAGUUGCACAGACAUGCGGUGCAUCGGAGCUGUGUGCUGUGCAGGACACGUUCCAGGGCCUGUUUGGAGGGGCUGCUCUGGUCUGGGAGGUCAAGACAGGCCGUGAGCACCUGAAGAAGCCGCUGGAAGAUUACAUGGCCCUUUUCCCCAGCGUGAGGAUUCUCCGCACCAAGAAACGGGAAGGUCUGAUAAGGACCCGGAUGCUGGGGGCCUCUGUGGCAACUGGCGAUGUCAUCACGUUCUUAGACUCUCACUGUGAAGCCAAUGUCAACUGGCUGCCGCCCUUGCUCGACCGCAUUGCUCGGAACCGCAAGACCAUCGUGUGUCCCAUGAUUGACGUGAUUGACCACGACGACUUCCGGUACGAGACGCAAGCAGGGGAUGCCAUGCGGGGCGCCUUUGAUUGGGAGAUGUACUACAAGCGGAUCCCAAUCCCUCCCGAGCUGCAGAAAACCGACCCCAGCGACCCGUUCGAGUCCCCCGUGAUGGCUGGCGGACUCUUCGCUGUGGACCGGAAGUGGUUCUGGGAGCUGGGCGGGUACGACCCCGGCUUGGAGAUCUGGGGAGGGGAGCAGUACGAAAUCUCGUUCAAGGUGUGGAUGUGCGGCGGCCGAAUGGAGGACAUCCCCUGCUCCAGGGUGGGCCACAUCUACCGGAAGUACGUGCCGUACAAGGUCCCUGCUGGAGUCAGCCUGGCCCGGAACCUGAAGCGAGUAGCGGAGGUGUGGAUGGAUGAGUACGCCGAGUAUAUUUACCAGCGCCGGCCGGAGUACCGCCACCUCUCCGCCGGGGAUGUCGCUGCCCAGAAGAAGCUCCGCAGCUCCCUCAACUGCAAGAGCUUCAAGUGGUUUAUGACCAAGAUCGCCUGGGACCUGCCCAAGUUCUACCCACCCGUGGAGCCCCCGGCGGCAGCCUGGGGGGAGGUGAGUCUGGAGGGCCGGAUGGGAGAUGCCGGCAGCACCAAGCAGCCGUCUCAGGCCUGUCAGGGCCUCCGGCCACUCAGGCACCGGCAGGGUGCUUUCCAUGGGACGCCCCAGCCCUGA